UGUAAGUAAAUACAGACUAUCGCCGUCUGUAAAAAUCAGGUUUAGUUAGCCAAUUAUAUAAAAACUAAAUAAGCAAGUCAUUAUAUCACUGUUGUUUUGGUGAUAAUAAAAAUGCGUGUUGUAAUGUAACAUCAGAUUACAUACAGUAUAUACAAAGUUAUAACGCGCGUAGAUUUAAUAUUAUGUCAGAUGUGCUAAAGUGAAGUAGGAGUUUAGGGAAAUAUAUGUAAAAAAACGCAUCGAUAUAAGAUGUCAGUAUCAGUACAAAAGGUGACCGAGCCCGUGGUGAUCGGCGAGGGCCCGCACUGGGAUGACCAGAGCCAGGCGCUUUACUUCGUCAGCAUUGACGAGAAGACCAUACACAAAUAUGUGCCAGAAACAGGGGUUCAUACUAAAACUAAGUUAUCUGGUCGUGUGAGUUUUAUAAUAUCUGUAGAAGGUGAGUCGAAUCAUUUCGUUGUUGGCGUGGAGCGUAAGCUCUUGAUAAUCAAGUGGGACGGCGAGGAAGGCAGCGAGAUCGAGAUUGUUAAGGAGUUGGUUGAAGUAGAUUCAGAGUCACCUACAAAUAGGUUUAAUGAUGCCAAAGUUGAUCCAAAAGGAAGAUUAUUUGCAGGUACAUUAGGUGAAAUGGGACCUACGGGUGAAUUUGAAAAAGGGAAAGGCUCGUUGUAUCGCUUAGACGAUAGGGGAUGUGUCAAAUUGUGUGAAAAGAUCGAUGUCUCAAACGGGCUGGCCUGGGACCUUACGGAGAAAGCUUUCUACUACGUCGAUUCCUUAGAGUACAAGAUUAGAAGAUACGAUUAUGAUGUAGAAACUGGAGACAUUUCUAAUAAAAGGUACAUAUUCGAUUUUAAGGAGAAUAAACUAAUCGGUGGUCCGGAUGGAUUAACCAUAGACACGGAAGGCAAUCUAUGGAUUGCCAUAUUCUAUGGCUCUUGUGUUCUCAAAGUGGACCCGAGGAGUGGUACAGUAUUAGACAGAGUACCAAUACCAGCCAAGCAGAUCACUUCUGUCACUUUCGGAGGACGCAACUUGGAUACUUUGUUCGUGACAACGGCUAGCUUGCCAAUAGAUGGGGAACAGAAGCCGCCUUGUGGCGCCACUUUCAUGGUCACAGGAUUAGGUGUUAAGGGACACCCUAAUGUUAAAUUUAAACUGCCCUCUAAUUAGCAAAGUCAAUAAUUAAAAACAAUUUUGUAACAGA